AUGAUAAAAGGGCAACGGGCAUCUUUAUUGGUCCUCGAGGAGGAGGACAACGACCUUUCGGAUCUGGACGAACCAGCACCCUCGUGUGCGGGAACUACAAGGACUCCGAGUCAUGACUCUGCGGACAUUUACCACAACUUGCAUGGGCGCCACCAUGGGCAUCAACAACACCCACCGGAGCAGUACCCCACUCGUCCAUCCCCACCACGCCGCCGUGCCUUGAAUUUUCUCGAACGAGCCAUUUCGAGUCGAUUGGUCACCUUUUUUACGUGUCAAGACAGCACCGCCCAAGCGUAUUUUCAAGAUGCCAUUCAGGAAAAGGCCCCAGUGGCGGUGGUGAGAACCAUGCGUCAGUUUCCUCAUCAGAGUCGAAUGCAACGCAUGGGAAUUUCGUCGCUGAAUGAAAUGGCCAAGGACUCGUGGGCCGCCAAGGAAAAGGUAGUUGAGGCGUUGGGAGUCGAAGCCAUUUUAAAGGCCAUGCGAUUGCAUCCCAAAGACUGUGGAGUUCACCAAGUGGCCUGUCAAUGUUUGUACACACUCACAGCAGGGGACAUUCCAAAGACUUUGAUGGAAAAGGGAGUCGUGGCGGCCAUUUUGCAAACCAUGAUUCACCACAGUGACGAUGAGGAUGUCUUGCCACCGGCUUGUGAUUGUUUGUUGGCCUUGACGGAUAUGGAAGACUCGACCGCCUUGGAAAUGUUGCGAAGUCGGCUAGGUGGUGUCGAACUGGCCAAGUUGGAACACAAAUAUCGUGGCAAAAAUGGAGAAAUUAGCAAAAAGGCGGGUGAAAUAUUGAAGCGCCUGUAUGUAUGA